UGUGCUCAUUACCGAGAUGUAAAAAGCGUCUCUCUCUCUCGCAUCCACCACCACAGAACAGAGCCUCAGUUUGACUAGGUAGAUUGGUAAAGAAAGCAGUACCCACCACCCAAGUACCCGGGCAGUUCCUCAUCAUCAUUCCUAGGGUUUUGUUAAUCAACAAGACCCAUGGCGGGGUUCGAUGGCUCCGAAUCCCAGCAACAAAACCAGCUAUUCAGCGUAGGGUCAGAAGUGGAAGUGAGGAGCGACGAGGACGGGUUCAAAGGAGCGUGGUUCAGAGCCACCAUUGUUCAGAGCCCAGCUGCUAGCUCAGCCUCAAAGAAGAAGAAGAGGGCUCUGGUGGAGUACAAGACCUUGGUCACCGAAGACGGGUCUCAGCAGCCACUGAAAGAACAAGUCGAUUCCGCUUACAUAAGGCCUCUGCCGCCUCACGUGGCUGACCAAGAUCUUGAAUACGGCCACAUAGUCGACGCCGACUACAAAGACGGUUGGUGGACCGGAGUUAUUGACAAGGUUGUCAAGAAGAACUCCAAAUAUAGGAUCUUCUUUGAGAACCCGCCCGACUUUCUGGAAUUCGAGAGAGACCGUCUGCGACUCCAUCAGGAUUGGGUUGCCGGCUUUUGGGUCCGCCCCGACAAGCAGCAGAUACUGAGUGCUUCAGAUUCUCAACAAGCGGAAGAGCAUCGGCUGCGACUGCUGCCUGUCCAAAAUGAUUCCAACCAUCCUGAGGUGGCUGCACAACCGAAAACUUCAGGUGCUGCAGGGGAUAACCCUGAAUCAACUAGUUCAAAGAAGAAUCUUGUGGAGCAGUCAAGUUGUACCCAAAGCAUCAAGGAUGUAGCGCCUAAUGGUGGUGCUACAGACUCGCGUCCUUUGAAAAAGUUAAAGGACGACAAAGUGUCAGAGGCUACAUUAUCUGUUACACCACGGCAAUUGAGGAAAACUCCAAAUGAUAAAGAAAUGCUAUCUGAAUUAGCCACUGCGACCAGGGAAAGCAGUGGAACUAGAGGAUCAAGACGAGUAAGAAAACCGGCUGUUAGUCAUCAGCUUUUUCACGUAGAGAGCUUGGUUGGUGAAAAGAAAGUUAAGACAAAGCAAGAGAAAGAUGGUGAGCUAGAAAACCACUGGAUGCACUCUGCCAAAAGUAAAGGAAGGCGUUCGAAGGCUCAAGUUGGAAGUGCCCAGGAAGCGUUUAUAUGUGCGCUUCCUAGCCAAGAGAGACAUAAGGAAAAAGGUAAGGAAGGGUAUGGAGUUAUUGGUUCUGCUGGAAAUGUUGUUCAAAAGGAGGGCAUAAGUAAAGAAGCUGAAUUGUCUCUCACUAUAGAGUCAAAGGUUAAUGGAAAGCAGGAUUCAUCAGCUGAAUAUCCAUGUCAGAUUCCCAACGAAGAUUUGCUGAAGCUCGUGAGAGAUCAGAAGAAGAAUGCAAAUGGUCCAGCACAAGAAAACAGCACGGUUACAUCAGCUGAACAUGGCAGUGAUCCAGUUUUGGAUAACCUUCUCCGUAGCCUGGUUCUUUUUCCAGACAUGGAUUUUAAGCAGCAACCAACUGAAGGAAGCAGCCACAAAAGAAAGAGGGGCAGACCUAGAAAGGUUCCUAAAAACUUUAUCGUAAUCACACAAGCCUCACAGGGAGUCAGGGAACUAAAUGGAUCAAGAAAUGUUGUUGACAAAAGUGCUGUAGAAGAUCAGACACUUGAUGAAGUUGCUUUGCAUUUUCCCGGAGGGAGAGAUGCUUCAGAUUCACAAGAUGCGUCCAGGAGAAAUACAGCUGAUGUUCCUGGAACAAGGGGCAUACCAAAUGAAGCUGCUAGGACCCGUGUUCAAGCAUCCGGAAAUAUAGAUGAUGAUGACCAACCUCUCUCCACAUGGUUUGGAGGAAUGCAGGGUCCAGCAAACAUGGAUGAAUUAAGUAAAACUGUUGAACAAGUUAAGCUUGCCAGAGAUUCUACUCCAGUUGAUUCAGUCAGUGACACUGUGCCAGAUGAGAACCAAAUUAUGCCAUUUGUGAAGAGCUCCCCAAUCUGGAAAGCAAUUGAAUCAUUUGACGUAUUCAGAAUAAUGCCACAAAAUCCACAUUUUCGCCCCUUGGUUAAAUGUAAAGAGGAAUAUCGCGAGGGAUUUGCUAUUGGCAAUAUGGUGACCUUUUCCAGUUUGGUGGAGAAGAUAUCGAGUCUGCAUUUUGAUGACCCUAUACAGGUUUUUGAUAGCAUUUUGGAGAGUCUUUUUGACUUGGAAAAAUAUGGAUUCAAUGUCACCGUUUUACGUGGGCGUGUGAACGAACUUUUGUCUAUCAAACAAAGGCAAGGACAGUUUGAGGGCGAAUCAAAAGACGCGGAAAGUAAGAUAGUGGAGCAAACUCAAGAGAAAUCAAAACUUGAAGAUGAGGCUGAUUGCAUCGAGAAAAAAAUAAUUGAGUUAAAGGAGAAGCAUGCAUCGAUCCAGGCAGAGAUAGGGGCUAAAGAGCGUGACAUUGCUAGCUUGCAGUUGAGUCUGGAUGCUAUCAAUGAAAGCAUUAAGAACACACGUUCUGAUUUUGAGAAGGCAGCUUUGGUCCAAUUGAGAUAGGCCUUGAGAGUCUUAUCUACAUUCUUAGUUUUCUUGGAUGGGUGGUAAACCCAUGCUGAGAUUUGUUGAAUUCCUUCGGAGAAGGGAUGUCAAGCUUAUUAGGUAUUACUCCGGAGACUUCUUGUUCUUGGCACUAUAUUUUAACUUCUAGUAUCUAGUCGUGAAUUGCAUAGUUAGGGAUGUUAAUGUAUUGGCUUGCCUAGAUUUUAACUUUCAUAAUGUAGUUUUGAGUUGCAUAGUUUGAUAGUUAGGAAUUGGUGUAGCCUAGAUUGUAACAUUAGUAUUGUUGAAUUGCCUAAUUAAAAAUGUUGUUGUAUUGGCUUGUUGUCCGAGUAUCUUGCCAAAUGAAAAAGCUGGUUUUCUUA